GAAGAAUCCUACUCUUGCCUCUGUUUCCCUCCAUUUAUGUUCCCUUAAAAGGAUCGAAUAUGCGCGAAAUGAGUGUAUGCUGUCGGAAAACGAUUCGUGGUCGUGGUCAAUACUACAUAACGAAUACUGGUUUUAUAUAGCUAUAUGUAGAUAUAUCGUUGUUCGUGGAACAAGAAACUUGUUGUCCUCGCCAGUUUUUUGUUUAAUGUUGGAGCUAACGAGUAGUUUGUGGCACGGUGGGGCAAAAUUACAGAAAAUUAAUAUAAAAAAGCCUAUAUAAAUAUUAUAAAAAUGUUUUGAAAAAUUAUUUCCAAAAAAAUGUAUUAUAUAUUAUAAAAGUAAUAACCCCAACCUAUAAACCUUCUCAGAUCCGUUAAAAUUUCAAUAUUAUAGUACGAAAGCCAUUUUAGGUAAGUGCCUUGAUAAAACGUUUCAAGGAGCCUAAUGGUAGGCUUCGUUUUAUUAUGGGACUUCUCAUGGUUCUAAAUUAGUCUGAACUACUUGAUUAACCACCAAUAUAUCCUUCCUACACCGUAACCCUAUCAUAUAUUUAUUAUAUAUAUUAUAUAUAUAUUUCUUAUAUAUAUUUAUCCAUACGAGAUAAUUGAAAAAUAAUUCCGAUUUAUCUUUCCAAGACCCCAAGCUAGUAUGUAGUCCCUUCUAGUCUUACCAGAGAAGAACUCAAUGGAGUGAGUUGUGGAUUGGAUGGGAGUUGUUUCGAGUUUAAGAAGGCAGAGUUACAUGGUUAGAGAAUUUAGUGCAUUAUCUUCUUGCAGAAGAGUCGAUAUUUAACUUCUUGUCCUUGGAUAUUCUAGUAUUGUCUGGCAACAUUCGAAAUUUACAUUGUAGAGCCUGAUAUAUUAUACCAUGAACGGACUUAGAACACCAGAUGAAUAUAAGGAUUGCAGGGUCUCUCUGUAGUACGGGUCUUUUAUACCGAAACAGAGGAUUUCAGAGUACAGUUUAUUAUAUGUCCUAUUUAAAUCAUCACACAUAUUUCACUCACUCUCAAACACUGUCGUCGAAAUCUUGAAUGACUAGGCGGCAGCUACAACUCACCCAUACACUAGCAAGCCGACAUAAUUGGUCCACGAUGCCGGUUACUCGCAAAACCUUUGAUACCUACGACUGCAUAUAUGCGCACGUAGUAGGUAGAUAGAUACACACAAUCACGGGCUUAAGCUUGCACAGUAGGCGGCCGCCAACGAACUUUAUCGUGCUGUUGCCUGCUCCUGCCUAUAGCUAUGUAUGAGGAGCUACCAAAGGUUGCUGGUAGAGCGUAUUUGAAGCGAAGUCGGCUUGUUCAAGCGUAUGCGCGAACUCGCUACAGCGCGCUCUGACUCUCUGAUUUUAGCUUUUGCUCUCAUUGCUCACAUAUGAGGCGGUAAGCUCCUGGGACUAAGGUGUGUGUGUGUAUUUGUUGUAAUUUUAACUGCUGAGUGCAUUUGUCAGCUGCUUGACUCUGUAAUGUUGUUGUUAUUUUUGUUUUCCUUGCGUAUAUCCAUCCACUUCAAGUUGGGAUACUUACUCCACGCUGUAUGAACGACUGAAGUCAGUUUCAGUUCAACGGAGUGCACUCGCACAAUUCGGUACAAGUUGCGGUUUGUGCAGCGGAAAUUUUUAACGAAAAUACCCAAAAUGAUUACACACAUAUAUAUAGGUGUAUUGUACAGAGAGUUAUUCCAAUUACUCCAAUUGAUGACUUGACUGACUAACUGAAUUACUGACUAUGUUAAAGUGUUGGCCGAAAAAAAAAGUGUAAUGAAGAUGUGAUGCAAAGCAAAUGUAGCAAUUAAAGCGUGUAACGGUGAAAUUUACGUCAAAAUACAAAUAAAGUGAAGUAAAAAACCAACAACAACAUACACACACCUCUAACUUUAAUGCUGCGUAUCUCGAAGAAAAAAGUUUCGUUGAAAAAUCAAUGCAAAUCAAAUUUCAUAUAUCAAAUUGUGCAUAAGCGAAGCAGCAGAGAAGUAUAAGAAACAUAAAUGAUAGUGGAAAAAAAAUAAAAAUUGUGAAAAAGCAAAGUAGUUGAAAAAUGUUCAAGUAAAAGAAAAAUUGUAGUUUGUGAAAGUUAAGUGCAGCAAAUAGUACAUGUACCCUUAAAAUUACAUUACAACAACAAAUACAUAUCCAUUAUAUACUCAGUGAAACUGGCCGUAAAAUAAUCAGCAGUGAAAAUGAAUCCGCUACAGUUAACGUGCGUACGCAUUAUUGCAACCAGCUGGUUACAGCCGUACGCCAUACGGUGUUGUUGUCAUUGCAAUGCAUCGAUCAUUGAAGCCACACGCACAAGCUAAAAAGGUACCACCACCUGCGCUACCCGGAGAUCCAGCACCGCAACAACAGCAAAUACCAUUAUACCGUUUAGGUGGCAGUAUUUCGAGUGCAGCUGGUAAGCAGCUGGAUGAUGGCAUCAUAAUGAGUAGCAUGGUAUCAUCGCCAUCGUUGGAGGAGGGCGGUUUCAAUUUGCCACGUGAGCCAUCGGUAGCAUUGCGCAUGAAAGAUGAAAUAAGCGAAUACGCUACAGUCAUGUCCACAUCAGGCACAUCACAAUCGUCGGGCUCCUCUGCCGGUAAUGCCGCGGCUGGCAAACAACAAGCAGCCGCCAAUCAAGUAGCCACUGCUGGCGCAACACUUUUAUCCACCGCAACUAAUCCGCUGCUCAGCGGUUGUCCACCCACAAUAGUGCCAUGUCCACCGCCCGUGUUUUGCGCCACACUACGCGAACCGCUCACACACAAAGCGGCCGUUUACUAUCAUCAACAGUUGGCGCUGCAAGAGGAUCAGGGUAUCGAUUUGACACAAUCGCCCGGACGCGAUUCGCCCGGUUCGUCGUCGGGUUCAGCUGGUUCUGGUUCGCGACACUCAACAGCUAGCUUGGAUUCGGGUCGUGCUUCAUCGUAUUUGACCGGUGUGUCGGGUGCAUCGAUACGUGGCAGUGCGGGCGGUGCACUCUCAUCCCCACGUUGCAGUUCGGUGAGUUCAUGUUCGAUUGGCAGCGUCGAUCGGCAACGUAACGAUGAACUCAUCAUCGAUUGGCUAAUGGAGAUGAAGUAUGAGGAGUAUGCACAAUUGUUUAUAGCGGCCGGUUACGAUUUACCGACCAUUGCACGAAUGACCCCCGAAGAUUUGACGGCGAUUGGCAUUAAAAAUCCACAUCAUCGUGAACGCAUAAAACAACGUAUCGAUAAGUUGCAAGUAUUGGAUAACUUGCCACACUUUGUGCCGGGCUCUAUUGAAGAAUGGCUACAACUGUUACGUCUCGAGGAGUACAUUCAGCCAUUACUUGAUCAAAACUAUAAAACUGUACGCGAUGUUACACAAGUCACUUGGGAAGACUUGGAAGAUAUUGGUAUUGUUAAAUUGGGGCAUCAAAAGAAAAUUCUAUUGGCCAUCAAACGUGUUAAGGAUAUCAUAAGCGGAAAGUGGAAUCCGGGCGGUAUUAAUGCUUAUCAACAGCAGGAUUAUCGCAAUAAGAUUUGGCCCAGUGCCGUGCCAAUGCCCACCACACCGACCUAUUUGCCAACCACGCGCGUGUCGUGGGACGAUUCCAAGAUUUAUGCUACGCCCGGCGUCGAUGCCGUCUACUUUUGCAGCGGCACUCAUCACGAGUGCUGCAAUGGCAACGAUGUGGUGCCGAUUAAGGUGCGCCAGCCACGCGGCAAAAGCUUAGAAUCACUCGAGGAUAUACACGACAAUAGCACACGCAGCCAUUUGACCUUUAGCCAUUACACAGCCACUGAUUAUGGCCAUUUUGCGCAUCCAACGCCUGCUAUGCAACAACAACAUCAUCAACAAGCCUUGCAACACCAACAGCAGCAACAUCAACAGGCAAUGCAACAGCAUCAUCAGGCAGCCAUGAUGGGCGGUGCUGUUGUGGGCGGACCAGGUGGAGCUGGCGGUGCACGCUUGCUUAGCAAUCAGGCUGCAAUGUCUUGGCGCCGUUCCUACGACGAUGGUGACAUUACGCCCACCAAUGAUGCUGCACGCGAACUCAUGUACGAGGAGGGUGGCGGCACACUGCCACGUCAACAGCGUGGCAUUUUGCAGCGCGCCGUUUUGAACAGCAUGCCACCGCUCGAGCAUCACUAUAUGAAUGCCGCUGCCGCAGCUGAAUAUGUUUGCCAUGCAGGUGGAUUGGGUGGCGUUGGCGUGCCAGGUGCGGCUGCGCAUGUGGGCGCUGCAGGCCCAACUGGUUGUGUGCUGGACGGAGCCGGUCUGAAUACAUCCUACUUGACCGGCAGUCCAAUGAGUAAUAAGAAAAUCGCACCGGAACCACCGCGUCGCCAUUGUAGUAUACGAAAUUCACGUACUCUGAGUGCGGAUGGCGCGCAACAACAGCAACAAUUGCAACAACAACAGCAGCUGGGUUUGCAUGUCGGCGCUGGAGGAACGCAAGGCCUCUACUAUAGCGGUGGCGCUGGCGCUUUACAUCACGGCGGCAUGUACAUGACGCAUGCGCAACAACAGGCCGCAGCAGCGGCGGCAGCUGCUAAUCAACCAAUCUAUGCGAAUUACGCAACCAUACAACAGACCACGGCGGAAAUACACUGCGAGAAAUUCCACGACAAUAAGUCAAACUCCAGCAUCGAUUCCAUUGACACCAUACCGUUCGCCAAUGAGAACACUGGCACCAUCAAACAGCGUCUCUUAAAUCGCCAAGACAUCGGUGGACCCCAGCAGCAGCUGCAAUCGGGCAACACACCACAUCUGCACUCCUCCUCGUCGUCGUCGUCGUCAUCGUCGACCAACACCAUCGCCAAUAUCGCGCACUCGUUCCACUCGCUGAAGACAUCUGCCUCGUUGCAUGACGCCUCGCUGAUACGCAGCGACAGCAUCGGCAGCACCACCAGCGGCGGCAGUGCAGGUGCCAGUACCGGUGGUGGCGGCAGCAAUAGUCUGUUGCUGUUGCGCUCACCCACCCUACAAUAUCCACCGACUGACGUGACGAAUAGCAGCGGCGGCUCAUCAACGACAAUCACCACCACCGUGGAUUUGCAUACGCCCAGCGGCGCUGAGGGCAACACGGAUGCAACAGGCGAUGGUGCGCCCGUCACCGACGCCGAGGGUGCAGUAGCAACAAGCGGCACUGUUGGCGCUGGCACAACCGCAAUGCCAACGCCGGGGCAAAAAGUCUCUGUCAAUGUGCUCAAUGACAUUGGUAAUAUGUUGGCCAAUUUGACGGAUGAACUCGAUGCCAUGCUGGAAGAGGAGAAACGCAUCGGUCUGAAUAUUGAUAGUGAAUAAGCACAAGUUGGGAGGGGGCAUAUUGCUCAAGGGAGUACACAGGUACAUAGUUGCAUACAUAUAGACACGUGUGGUUAGUUGUAGAAGCGUGUGUUUUGUAUGUUGGGAAUUUAAAAAUUAGUGGGUCGUUAGUGAAACAUGCGCGUGCGUAGCAUUGAGCUUCCAGACAUUGUUCUUUUCGGGCUCUGUCAUUCAAAUUUACAUGUUAAAAUGUGCGCUAGAUGUCUAGCAUAGGUAUUAGUAGAUCAUAUACUUCGAAAAUGCCAUAUUCAGUAUAACAGAGCCUUCGUGUUACAUUUUAAACACAUUCAGUGGUUCACUAAGAACUUUCUUAUCAAUAUAUUAAGGUGCUAUACAUAAGAAAAUACAUUGAUAACGUCGGAUAAGCACUAGCCUCAGUGGUUCACUAAGAACUUUCUUAUCAAUAUAUUGAGGUGCUAUACAUAAGAAAAUACAUUGAUAACGUCGGAUAAGCACUAGCUAACUUCCUACCCAAGUAAUUUGUCAUAUAAUGUGUCUUUACCACCGAAACCGACCAGCGGAUAAAUUUUUAUGAACACUUCUUAUGACUUAUUUACCUUAAUUGAAUGAUUUUGUCCUAAUUCUGUCACUGGCAUAAAUAAAUAAAUUUGCUUCGGAUAAAGUCGAAAAUAAUUAAAUCGGUUUCGGAUAAAGUCGGAUAACUUCAUUUAAGCUUGCGAAAUAUUUCCAAACUUUGUAUCAAGUUGUGCAAUUUGUUUAUUAUAUGUUUGAGUAUUUUUUGAGUUUAGUAAUAGUAACUAUAAUAUUAAGAUCAGCUUCGGAUAAAGUCGGAUAACAUGUUUAAGCUUGCGCACAAUUUCUAAUAUGUAUAAAGUGGUUGAAUUUACUUGUAUGUCCACAAUUUAGUUGUGCGGAUAAUGAAAUAAGCUACGGAUAACGCCGGAUAAUGGUUUUAUGUUUGGCAAAUCAUUCAUAGAACUGAGAAGUUAUUAUAAAAUUUACUUUUACGCCAUAAUUGUCUUCGGAUAAGCGUUUUCAGUCCUUUAUACAGUGUUUGACUAAUUAUUGUGUUUAUUGAAUUAUUUAAAAUGGCUCAUUCUCCAGUAGAAAAUGGCAUAGACUCCCAGAGCAUAUAUAUUUCAAGCCUCAUUCAUUUUCAAACCAUGCACAUUUUUAAAUCAUUUUUUACAAUUCAAACAAGAAUGAAUCUUUGCCUUGUAGCUCCUUCGCAUGUACGCGCAUGUGUAGUUUAGUUGCGUCUAACACUUGAGUGUCUUAGUUGUUAGUUUCUUUGUUUUGAUCUUAUAACUAAAGUGUGUAGGAAUUAUCAUUUAACCCCAAAAGGUUUUAGAUGUAUGAAUAAUUGUUGUAUAUACGCACAUGAUAAGCGUAAAUAUAAUACUUUUUAUACGCAUAUAUUUAUAGCAGUGUAUUGUGUAUUUGUAUAAAAUUAUAUUGUUUUGUAGUUAAAAAAAGAAAGUAAAAUUGUAACUUAGCAUUUAUAAAAUACUUGUGAAUUAUUUUUUUUUUUUACUGACAACUGCUGUUUUGGGGUGUUUAUUGGCAGCUAUGAAGCUUAAGAUUUGUUUGACAGGCGGAAAAUAGUCAAAGAUUGGAAAAAUAUUAAAAGAAGCGUGUCUUUUGGAUUUUUAAAUUUUUAUUUUUCCUUGCUUUUUAAUUCUAAAUUAUUGAAAUUAAUUUAUUUUCGAUCCUUCAAUUAAAUAAGGUUUAUAACAUCAAUAUUUUAAGAUUGUUGUCAAAAAGGGUUGCCAACAGUGGCCAUUUUUUGUUUUAUACAGAAAAAUUUUAAAAUUCAACAUGCUAAUAUGCAUAGAUGUUAUAUAAGCCACAUAAUAAUUUCUUUUUUUAAGAAAACAAUUUUUUUUAAUUCCCAAUUAAGUUACAAAACAUUCAAUUUAUACAUAAAUAUUAUUUAAAAAAUAUAUAUUUUUUAAAUUUAAUUUUUAUACGAAGAAAUAAAACAUUUUUUUAGUGUCAUUUUUAUAUAAAGAAAAUAUUUUUUUAAUAAUCCCAAAUUAUGUCACGAAACAUUCCAUUUUUACAAUAAAUGAAAAUCUCCCAUAAACACCGCAAAACAGCGCUUGAAAAUAAAAAUAUUUUUGUUAAAAUUACAAAAAAUAUGAGUAUAUCAUCUUAUAUACUUCUAAUCUACGCAUCUAAUAAUAAAACAAAAAUUGAAAAAAGUAUAGAACAAGUUACGAACAACCAACAACUAAAACAAACAACAACAUCAUACUUAGCAUUAUAAAAAAAAUUAAUAAGUAAAACAAGUAAACUAAAAGUUGUAAAAGCUUUUAAAACAAACAAAAAGUAUACUUUUGUACUAUUUAAAUACACUAAAUAUAAAUAAAUAUAUACAUAUACAUAUAUAUAUAUUAAACUAAAUUAAAUUAAAUUUAAAAUAAAAAAUUAAAUAAGUGUUAACAUUAUAUAGUGGAAAUGUAGCGAAAGGUGCAUAAACUUUAAUUUAAGACCUAACAAAUAUUACAUAACACAGAAAGAAUGACUUCAUAAUCCUUACAUUCAGCGAUGCAAAUUUUUGUGGUUUGUUUAAAUAUUGCCGGCAUUAAUUUGUCCCAAAAAGAAAGUGCGAUUUCUCAAUAAAAACAAAAAACAUGAAAUGUCAAAGACAUACAACUACUAAAUAUUGAGAAAAGACAGUAAAAGCUUUAUAUUUCUCAAACGCCACACACACACAAACAUGCAUACAACACACACUGUAUUGCAAACAUAACAACACAACAACAAAAAAUCCGUAUCAGUAAAUUCCAUGCGAUAAGCUAACUUUAAUUCUAAUAGCAUAAUCUAAAGCUAAAUAAAACUAUAAUAAAAAAAUCCAUUUACAUUAAACUUUAUAAAAAAAAAAACAUUUAUAUAUAUACAUACAUGUAUGCGUACUACCUUUAAAAUAGUAUAUAAACAAGCAAAAAAUACAAAACAACAAAAGCACAGCAACAAAUCAUAAAAACAAACUUAAAUGGUGCAGUGAGUUGAAAAGCUCAAUCAGCAACUAACAGUAAAGAGUAACUUAAAUUAAUAAAAAGAAAUAUAUAAAAUAGGCGUUUAUAGCAUAAAAAUAAAUAAUUAAAUAAAAAUAAGCGAAAGGCCAGUGAAAUGCAGCGCGUUUAAACGCAAGUGGCCAGGCAUAUAACAGUUUAAUUUCAAAAAUAAUUUAAUAAUUUGUAUUAUUAUUUUUUU